AUGGCGUCGUCUUCUCCAACUCAGCGAACUCACGUCCCGAUCCCUCCUGAGCCAGGAGGAAGGUCACUGACACAAGAAGCUAAUGAGCCACCGGUUCCGAUUCACAUAGUGACGGAGCCUUUGCAACUUCCGGCUGACUUCUUAAACCCUUCCCCUGAAAAGAAAUUGGUCAUUGGUUUCGACUGUGAAGGUGUUGACCUCUGUCGACAUGGCAAACUUUGUAUCAUGCAGAUUGCAUUCUCGAAUGCGAUAUACUUGGUUGAUAUCAUCGAAGGUGGAGAGGUGCUUAUGAAAGCUUGUAAGCCUGCGCUCGAGUCUACUUACAUCACAAAAGUCAUUCACGAUUGCAAACGUGACAGUGAGGCGUUAUACUUCCAGUUUGGGAUCAGGUUGCACAAUGUUGUGGACACUCAGAUUGCGUACUCUCUGAUAGAGGAACAAGAAGGCAGGAGAAGACCUCUGGAUGAUUACAUAUCGUUUGUUUCUCUCCUUGCUGAUCCACGUUACUGCGGGAUAUCGUAUGAAGAGAAGGAAGAAGUUCGUGUGAUGAUGCGACAGGACCCAAAGUUUUGGACGUACAGGCCGAUGAGUGAGCUCAUGAUCCGCGCAGCUGCCGAUGAUGUCCGCUUCCUUCUGUAUCUCUACCACAAAAUGAUGGGGAUACUGAAUCAGCGGUCGUUGUGGCAUCUUGCAGUGCGUGGUGCUUUGUACUGUCGGUGUCUCUGCUGCAUGAACGAUGCUGACUUUGCUGAUUGGCCCGCCGUCCCUCAAAUUCCAGAUAACCUGAAGUUAGGAGAUGAAUGUCCUGAAGAAGAGAUCCUGUCAGUGCUUGAUGUUCCACCAGGAAAGAUGGGACGUGUGAUUGGAAGGAAAGGAGCAUCAAUCCUCGCCAUCAAGGAAGCUUGCAACGCGGAAAUUCUAAUUGGAGGGGCAAAAGGUCCACCUGACAAGGUGUUUGUGAUUGGACCGGUGAAGGAAGUGCGCAAAGCGGAGGCUAUACUGAGAGGAAGAAUGAUAGACUAUUGA